AUGAUUCAUACAGUCUCUUCUCCACAAGUCAGUUCCUCCCCCGUUUCUCGAGGCGGUAGUUGCCCUCCUCCAUCAAGCAGUCCUCCAUCUUCACCUCUGUCAGGCGGACGUGCUACCACUCCUGGAUCAUCUCUUUUUGAUUCCAGUCUCAAGUCAGAAAGCUCUCCCAAUACGAGGCAUUCUGACAUAUGUGCUUCACUAAGAAGCAUAUCCUCACUGUCAAAGACACCUCAGAUUGCAGCUGCCAAAUCGGAGACGGACAGCCUAUUCUAUAAUCCGUCUACACCUCCAAAUCCUGCACGCGCUUCUCGACGUGGCUUUAUCCGCGAGAGAAUGAGCAACAAGUUCAUUCCGUACCCCCCCUCUCCGGCUCCAAUUGAGCAUGCCGGAACAUUGGAAAAUGGCCUCACGCAAAUGCGUCCUGCAACCUUGUACAAAGGGUAUCAAGCAAAGCUUGCUGCUCGUGAGACUGCACGCCAGCGCAUGUUGGUGACCGCAUGGGAAAUUGAGGAAACCGAGCGCUUCCUUGAGUUCCUGGAUGCUCUGCAUGUCGACAACGAAGAACGGCUCGGAUUCGCUCAAGAAGACUUAAACAUCUUUAGGAAGCUAUUUUCUGAGCGUGACCGUUCUGAUGUCAAUGACGACAGAGAUUACCUUCAAGCUGUCUACGAGGAUGAAAUGGAGAUUCUUCGCGUUGUCUCGCUACAAGCUGAGCAGUUCUCAAAGAUCUUAGGUGCACGUGUCAAGAAGGAUUUCUUGCAACCUGGAGCCAAAGGAUCGGGAUCACCAUCGCCUGAGCCUGGGGUUUCGAUUAGAGAUAAUCUGGUAUCCGCAGAUCAGGAAGAUAACUCACAGGUUUCGGUCAAUUCGGCAGCACAAAUUCAAAUUGGACUGCUCUCUGCGCCCAUGCAUCCUCAACUCCCUCUACUUUAUGGCCAGCAAACGUGCACCGCCCUGCAAAGGACUCCGCGCACCAUCAGCACACGUCCGCUCCCCACCAGCCAUGAAGACUUCGCCCAGCAUCAGCAAGAAGAUCUCGCACAUCAUCAUCAGGAUUUCGCCCAGCAUCAGCAUCAGUCCGCUCCCUACCAGCGCGAGCCAGCUUACCAGCAUGAAGAUCUCGUGCACUAUCAGCAUCAGGACUUCGCGCCUCCUCAGCAGGACUUCACGCCUCCUCAGCAGGACUUUGCGCCUCCUCAGCAGGACUUUGCGCCUCCUCAGCAGGACUUCGCGUAUCCUCAGCAGGACUUCGCGUAUCCUCAGCAGGACUUUGCGUAUCCUCAGCAGGACUUUGCGUCUGGCACUGGAUCCUCGACCGGAUAUGUUGCUCCGUCAUUAGCGCCCAGUUGGGUCGGCGAUGAUGAGGAAUUUCAGACUCAUUCAGUCCUGCCACCGGAUCUCCACCACUUACGGCCAAUGUCGACGGGAGAGAUCCCCAACUCCCAUGUGAUACAUACUACAGGGCCUGCAAGGACAUCGAAAGCACGUCGUCGUGCAACUCGACGUCUGCCCCCCACACCACGCCUUGUCAUUCCUGUUGUGACGCCCACAACGAUGACGGGGACUGUCGCACCUCCGGAAUCCAUCGAAGGUUCCGCCGUUGACAUUAGUCCCGAGACGCGCAAACAAGCGAUCUCGGCCUCAAAGGAACGCAUAUUAUCCAUCGUCUUUUCCGACGACGCACUGGUAUCUCUCGCGGCUGACAAAAAGCGCAUCGUCAAAAAGGUCAUUUCCGAAGUAAGAUCUAGAAUACCAGCCCUUCUCGUUGCAACACAAUGGACGGCUAACGAAAAGGACAUCGCGAACGUUUGGUGCGCAGUGACGAAAUUUCGCACUGCAUUCGCAACGAUCAUCCGACAAGCUGUCGUGAUGGGAUAUUCCCUCUUCCCACCACAGGGCUGUACUAUCCCCCCAGAUACUUUUCGUGUCGAUCGGAUACGCUGCCUCGUCGUAGAUAACGACUUAGCGUUCAUGCAUCAAUACACUUUUGCAGACAGUGCGCUUGUCAUUCACUCGAAAUUCACCAACCCAUUCAUCCUUCAUGUCCUAACGAAACUCAUCUGGUGUUCGCCCUUCCGGCUCCACACUUUUCUCGACGAAUGCCCACGCCGUCAAAUACGUUAUGCUAUUGGCGCAGCCGGCGCCAUUACAGAGUCUGCAUUGAUGGAGCAGGGCUUGAUACAACUUACAAAGGGUAGGAUUACCCCCCAGAUGACGCAUUCGACAUUCACAAAGAUUGUUCUGGGCCUGGAUCAGCUAAGUGACGCUGAAAAGGUUAUUUUAGACGACUUCACAGACAGCAUCGUCGUUUGCGGGCGCUCGCAACAGCAAGCCAACGACGAACUAUCUGAUUUUGAUUUUGAAUAG